CAGAGGCGGAACGCUUCUCAACCGGAUGUCAGUGAACGCAGCAUAACCGUUUCCUCUACUUCCCGGAAACACAAACCUCCAUCCACCAAAAUGGCGACUGUAGCGGUAAGCCGACCACCUUUCGGGGGAUUCAGUUUCGAAAACUGCAAAAGAAAUGCAGUCCUGGAAGCUGAAGUCAAUAAGCUGGGAAGCAGCUUUCCUGCUGCUCGGAAAACGGGAACCACCAUCUGUGGCGUUGUCUUCAAGGUGACUGACACCAGAGCCACCGAAGGCAUGGUAGUGGCAGACAAGAACUGCUCCAAGAUCCACUACAUCUCACCCAACAUCUACUGUUGUGGAGCAGGGACAGCUGCAGACACAGAAAUGACCACUCAGAUCAUCUCCUCCAACCUGGAGCUGCACUCCCUCUCUACCGGCCGGCUGCCGCGGGUAGCCACCGCCAACCGAAUGCUCAAGCAAAUGCUCUUCAGGUAUCAGGGCUACAUUGGUGCUGCUUUGGUUCUUGGGGGAGUGGACUGUAACGGCCCUCAUCUGUACAGCAUCUAUCCUCACGGCUCCACCGACAAGCUGCCCUACGUCACCAUGGGCUCUGGGUCCCUGGCUGCCAUGGCGGUUUUUGAAGAUCGCUACAAGCAGGACAUGGAGGAACAGGACGCCAAGCGGCUGGUGCGUGACGCCAUUGCGGCUGGGAUCUUUAAUGACCUGGGCUCCGGCAGCAACAUCGACCUAACUGGUGAUUACAAGUACAAGAGGGGAACCACGGGCGUGCUGACUAAGGGCGUGACCCGGCUGGACCUGGACCUGGUGCAGGAGACGGUCCAAACCAUGGAUACCUCCUAAUGUUUCUCCAUGUAACUCAACCCCUCAGAAUUCCUGACACGAUUUGUUAUUCCAUGGUUUACAGUAAAAGUGUUUGAGUCCAUUUAAGUGUUUGUCCUUUUAUUUACGUCCUCAAAGUGAGACAGUACAGCAGAACCUCCACAGAGUCUAACUGGUUCCAGGAGCGACUUCUGUUAAAUAUUGGUGUGUUGGUUCAAAUCUUCCAUCAGAAUACUCUGUAAUUUCUAGAAUUCGUUCCAAAAACCUACGAUAACUCCUUAAUAAAUACUGCAGAUAAUAACACAUAGCAAGAAAACAAAUGACUUCUAGAAGAGAGAUGGAAAAAGUAAUAAAUGAUAAAGAAAUAACCAAUAAAAAGGGUUUUUAUUGGCAGGUAGAGACUGAGAUACAGGACGAACCCUAACUUACCGAUCAAAUUUAAACUUGCGU